CGUGAAGAGAAGAAGCUUUGACAUCGAUCGGUAAUGAAAAUGAAGGGAUCUUCUUCUUCGUCCUCGCUUGCACACGCGGUGCCAAUCCUCCUGGUGAUCCUAUGCUCCUGCUCCCUGCUGCUACCAUCCUCUGACGCCGCCGACCAAGGUGCAGCCUAUAGUUUUCCGUCCGGGGGGCGUGUACCAGUAUACUCACCGACGCCACCCCAGCCCGGGCCGCCGAUACGCCAGGGCGGUGGCAGCAGCGGCAGCGGCGGUGGUAGCGGUGGCAGCGACGCUCUGGCACCGCCGCCGGCACUUGCGCCGCCACAUCAUGAGAACUCGCACCCGCGGCCACGCUGCAAGUACCUGCACGGCUGGAGGAACUGAACAACUUCCACUGGAGUCUAGCUACCUGAUGAGACGAGGAGAUGCGGGCGAUAGUGCCCCACGGGCUUGGAGCCUUGGAGUGGAGAGACUAUUGCCUGAUUCAACAA